CAUCCGGCACCGCGCUUUCGAGGGACUCGGUUCUUCCUUCGCGCGAAUCUAAGUCUCCGAGAUGAGUGCUCCUAUGGAAGUUUCAAUGGGGAAUGCCCUCGAUGGAGACGGCUCCCAGCACAACAAAGUGCUUCAGGAGCCACCUCCAUCACCAAAAUCUCAUCUGGCCCCCAUCGCCCAGGAAGAGAAGAUCCAUGUAUCAGUUGAGGUUUGCUUGAAGCCCUCUUGUACAGCCCGAGUAGGUGAUAUCCGCUUAGCCGUCGAAAGGCAGCAUGAUGGAAAAGAGGAGUAUGAGCUAUGUUGAUGGUCCUAUUCCAGUGCCACUGGAUGAUCCCUUCCUUGCAGAAAACGUGCAGCGGAUAUGUGUGUGUGACACAGAUACGUGGUUGGAGCAUGGUGAUUUCCUUUUGUUCUGGCAAGUUAGACCUGUUGUGCAUGUAUUUCAGCUUAGUGAGGAAGGACCAUGUGAAGAAAUGAGCGGGGAUGGGCAGCUUUCUACGUUUAAUGAAUGGAUUCUUCCAGCAAAAGAAUUUGAAGGAAUGUGGGAAAGCUUAGUUUAUGAAACUGGUCUCAAGCAGAAGUUGUUGCGAUAUGCGGCAAGUGCUUUGCUUUUCACGGAGAAGGGCGUUGAUCCUUUCCUUAUAUCUUGGAACAGAAUUGUUCUUCUUCAUGGACCUCCAGGAACAGGAAAGACAUCUUUGUGUAAAGCAUUGGCACACAAACUUUCCAUUCGAUUUAACUCAAGAUAUCCACAAUGUCAAUUGAUAGAAGUUAAUGCACACUCCUUGUUUAGUAAGUGGUUUUCUGAAAGCGGCAAGUUAGUUGCUAAAAUGUUUUCUAAGAUUCAAGAAAUGGUAGAGGAUGAAAGCAAUCUUGUAUUUGUUUUGAUUGAUGAAGUCGAAAGCCUUGCUGCUGCUAGAAAAGCUGCUUUUUCUGGUUCUGAACCUUCGGAUUCUAUACGGGUGGUGAAUGCGCUCUUAACUCAGCUUGACAAGUUAAAAUCAUCACCAAAUGUCAUUAUACUGACGACAUCCAAUAUCACUGCAGCUAUUGAUAUAGCUUUUGUGGAUCGAGCUGAUAUUAAAGCAUAUGUGGGACCCCCAACGCUUCAAGCGCGCUAUGAGAUACUAAGGUCUUGCUUGCAAGAACUCUUAAGAGCUGGAAUAUUGUCAAAUUCAUCCAUGCUGGGCGUCGAGAGGCUCGUUUUCCCGAACUUUUCUAGUUUGAGAGACCACAUUGGCAAAUCAGUGACACCAGAGUAUCAACCACAAUCCCACCUUUCCAAACUGCUGCUUGAUGCUGCUGAAGCAUGUGAGGGUUUGAGCGGAAGAUCACUAAGAAAGCUUCCAUUCUUGGCACAUGCAGCCCAAAAGAAUCCGCACAUUUGUGAACCUGAAAAGUUUAUGCAUGCACUAAUAGAAACAGCCAAACACCAGCGAUUAGAGUUAUCUGAUUGAGUUGUACUUGUGCUGAUCACAGGUUUUAUUUGCUCUGUGAAAUCGUCUGUAGCUUUAAACUUUGAAAAAAAAAUCUUUGUGGUAGUUGUCACGGGCAAAGACUAAUUGUAGCAAAAGAUGCACAGAAGUGAGGGAAGUAGGCAGCAAAUACACUUGUAUCAGUUAUAUGGAGAUGUAUGAACUUCUAAAUAUAUGUAGUUACAAAUUUAAAAUGGAAGUUUAAUCUUCUUUGACACUUGAAAA